GGGACGGCAGGUUUCGGCCGUGCCCCCUGCGAGCCGGGGCGGGGGGCGCCCCCCGGGUCCCGCCGCCCGGCCGGGGCCGGGCUCCGGAGCGGCUUCCCCGGUCCCCCCCUCACCCGCCUCCCCAGGGCCGGGCCCUGCCCGGGGCCGCCCCCGCUCCCCGCCUGGGCCGCCGGGGGAUGGAUGGGCGGACGGACGGACGGAUGGAUGGAUGAGGAGCUGCUCCGUGCCCUGGGGGGGCUCAGCCUGCAGCGCCCGCGGGGCCGCUUCGGCGGGAAGCUGGUGCUGCUGCGGGGGCUGCCGGGCUCCGGGAAGAGCACCCUGGCCAGACAACUGAAACGUGACUAUCCCAGCGCUGUAAUUCUUAGUACUGAUGACUACUUCUUCGAAAAUGGUGUAUAUGUGUUUGAGCCUGACUUCCUAGAGGAUGCACACAAAUGGAACCAAAAGAGAGCACACAAGGCAAUGAAGAAUGGGAAAAGCCCGGUUAUUAUUGACAAUACCAACAUCCAUGCUUGGGAAAUGAAGCCGUAUGUGAUGAUGGCACGCGAAAAUCGAUAUGAAGUUAUAUUCCAAGAACCAGAUACACCCUGGAAGUUCAAUGUUCAAGAACUGACGAGAAGAAACACUCAUCAUGUCCCUCGACAAAAGAUACAACGGAUGAAAGAACAAUAUGAGCACAAUGUUACCUUCCACAGUGUUCUUCACUCCGAAGAGCCAAGCAGAGAUGAGAGACGCUCCAGUUGACCAAAUGCGGCUUACAGCAUGGGUGCCCAUUUCAACCCCCUUCCAGCCUUCUCAAACAGAAGACCUCAUGUGGCUCGUACAAACCACAGGCCAUUUAACUGAAGAGGUGGAUUCCUCAGUGUAUUUUAAUUAUCAGGGUAUAAGUCUCAAGUUUUACUUUUUUUCUAAAUGAUUUUUAUUCAUGUAUUUUUCUACUACUUUUUAAAUUACUUCUAUUUCUUACAAGUCUUUAAAUGUCACUGGAUUAUAAUUUCACAGCUCUAUGUGGCUGAUCUAAGAGCACUAUCCUCAGUACAAACUGUACCUUCUCUCAACCCUCUUCCUCCAUGAAAAUUCAUCCAAGCUUAGUGGUGAAAUUUACUGGCUACACCACACGCUUUUUGUUUUUUGUUUUUUUUUUUUUUUUUUCCUGCAUCGUACUCUGUCACUAAUCAGUAACAAUAAAUAUUCCUAAAUUCUUUUUCUUACAGGCCACGUGGCCAAUUCCUUCUCAACGCAAUUGCCAUUUCUUGCCAUUUUAAUACUUUAUAACUGACUGUCUAACCUUGUGUAGCUUCCCACUCCAUCUUGCCUAGAGCAUUACUGCAACUUUAAGAGAAGAAAAGUCAGUGGUGGAAAACUAGCUCUUAACAGAUUGUAGCAAGAUUUGAUGCUGGUCCCUAUCUACACCUUUGCUGUCUGGAUUCAUACAGGUCUUACCUCAGCUCUGUCAUAGCCAAACAGCUUCUCCAGCCUGGAGGUGAAACACCUCAACGCACCAAACUGAGCCCUUUAUCUUGCCAAGACAUAGGAAUUCAACUGAUCCUGAGAUGAGUCCGUAUAUGGAGGGUCCUAAAAGGAAACAUUAGUGUCAGGCUAGUGCUUGUUAACUUUUAAGUAGGAAUAGGGCUACAGGAGCAGCUCUGAACACCUGAAGCACAAGGCUACCAAAUACCCAAACUAAUUCAGAAGUAUAAAGUAAAGACUUAAGAAAGGAGAGAAAAAAAUGUUCUGGUAAGGGGAGAAAUCAACUGCUUCCACCACUAAGUGCCAAGAAGCCACUGACUGAUGGGUGAGAAAAGAAGCUAUCCUGCAGUAAUUUUAUCCAUAUUGUUAAAUUCUGCUGAAUGUCCUUAUCAAGAAGCCUCAAACAUUUUUAAAACUCUGCAUUUGUGACAGCAAGUUUUUUGAAGUAAGUGUGGAUUAUUAAGCAGUGCUUAUAGAACGGGGCAUUAGUGAGCUAUUUUGCAGCAGGAAAUUAAGACAGCCUAUAUUGGACAUUAAGAAAUAGGGGUACAGCUCCUAUUCAUCUAGCAAUUUCGCAGGCAGAGAAGUGUAAGAUGUAUAAAUAAAUAUGCCGUUUCUGGGCAAAAGCCAAGCUGUCUUCAGUACAGAGUAGAUGUAUCAAAUGAAUUGCAUUUUCUACAUAAGCUACAUUUAAAGAAGCAGUAUCAUCAUUGUAAAUAACUGAACUAGGGGGCCUAGGGCCCCUGGCUCUGCAGUAUUGCACAAAAGUUUACAGAACUACCAGCAGGCUUUUGUCAGCCCAGAACAGAAUCACACAAUGGUAGGGGUUGGAAGGGACCUCUGGAGAUCAUCUUGUCCAGCCCCGCUGCUUGAGCAGGCACACCCAGAGCAGGGGGCACAGGAAUGCAUACAGGCGGGUUUUGAAUGUCUCAUGGGAAGGAGACUCCACAGCCUCUCUGGGCAGCCUGUGCCACUGCUCUGUCACCCUCAACAAUUCUCCAGUCCCGCUACUAUGUCCAGCUUGGUGACAGGAGCCACCCCCCAGUUCAGCACUUGAGCCACAUGAAUGGCCCAGGACCCCUGAAAAGUUGCCAGGUGGGAAGCUGGUGGUCUCAGUUCUGAAACAUCCUCCCUCCUUUGACCCAUGCCAGGUGGGAAGCAGCAGGGCAAGGGGCAGCCUGACAAACCAGCUAGAAUAUGGAGUUGUUGGCAGCCAGUGUAGCAGGACUGUUUGUCUCCAGCGGAGAAACUCCAAUUUUGAGAAGCUUCACCUGUUGAAAUUAAUGAGAACAAAGUAAUGAAGUCAAGUACUAACUCACUCCCAGCAAAAAGAUGUCUUGAUGAAAUCAAGGCUAGAUCUGAUUACCUUUCAUGAUGCUGUGGCCUCAAGUGCUUCUUUAGGGAGUGGUGCAGAAACACUGACCAAGGAUCUGCCAUUAAUACCUUUCUGUGGCAUUUUGCUAUGAAUCAAAUAAUCAUAGGCACUAUAUGGAAGGUUUGAGGGGAAAAGUACAAGAACUACAGCAGAAUUACAGAGCAAUAUUUCAAAAUUAAAAUGCUAUGUUUGGCAACAAUAAACUUUCAGAAUUGUUUAUUUUGCCCUGUGCUACCUUCUGACAGCCAAACAACUAUUCUAAUACUACAGACGGUAACAAAACAGAUUGCUUUAGACUGAAACAAAGAUCCUGCUGUAAUUUAAGAACACAUCAAAAUCAAAGCAAUGGCUUCUAAAAUGUCAUCAAAUCUUCAGCCAUACUGAUGCUAUUGUACAAUACAUGUCUGUGUGAGAAAUGUGUAAUUACUCAACUCAAAAUUAUUUUGCAGAUGAAAUGUGUAAUUUCACGAGUCUGUUUUAUUAAAUAUAAUCAGAAUUUAAUGUACAAAGUGUAAAAAUAAUUUGAAUUUGAAAUAUAUACAAUAAUGUACAUGUGCA